AUGAUUUGCUUCUCCUACAUGUUCAGAAGGAAGAGGAUACCGCAGGGAUUAUCAGCCCCUCCUGAUGAAGGUGAAUAUUUAUUCCCAAGUAUGAUAUAAUAUGAUAUAUAUAUAUAUAUAAGUGCAUGCGUAUGAUCAUUUUGCAUAUUUUUCCUAUAAAAAAAGGUUUUUAAACUGAAUACGCGCUCUAUAUUUUUUCAGAAAUUCCGGGCAUCCAAAGGUUUAACAUCCUGAUUAUUUUGCAUAUUUUUUUCCUAAAAAAAAAGGUUUUUAAACUGAUUGUGCUCUCUGUUUUUUUUCAGAAAUUCCGGGCAUCAAAAAGUUUAGGAUGUUCUCUUAUAAGGAGCUGAAGAAUGCCACUGAGAAUUUUAGUCCCGCGAAGAAGAUCGGCGAGGGUGGCUUUGCCUGCGUCUACCAGGUAAUUUUACAUAGUGCUCGCGUUGACUGUACAAAAUUCCAUUCUCUCUCUCUCUCUCUCUCUCUCUCUCUCUCUCUCUCUCUCUCUCUCUCGCUCUCGCUCUCGCUCUCUAGAAAUCUGGCUUAAUUUAUCUGCUGGUGGGUGUGAGCAGGGGAGGCUAAAAGACGGGUCGGCGGUGGCAGUGAAGGUGCUGUCGACAGAAUCAAAACAGGGAGUUCAAGGGUUCUUGUCGGAGUUGACCACAAUCUCCAACGUGGUUCACAAGAACCUGGUCAUACUCCUCGGCUGCUGCGUGGAAGGGAAUCACAGAGUGCUGGUCUACGAGUAUCUCUCCAACAACAGCCUCGCCAGAUCCCUUCUCGGUCCUCAUUCUCCCCUCAAUUUCUCUCUCCAGUUCUGUGCAUAUCAUCGUCCAGUGCAUCCGAAAUUUACCUUCUUUCUCUUCUUCUCCUCGCGAUCUUCAGAUGGCCGGCGGAGCGGAAUCCAGUUCAACUGGAGCACGCGGGUCAAAAUCUGCAUCGGAAUCGCCCAAGGCCUGGCCUUCCUCCACGAGGAGAUCCACCCGCACAUUGUUCAUCGAGAUAUAAAGGCCAGCAAUAUCCUCCUGGACAAGGAUCUCUCCCCGAGAAUCGCCGAUUUCGGUCUGGCGAAGCUUCUCCCCCAGAACAUGACCCACAUCAGCACCCGGGUCGCAGGGACCAUGUGAGUUCCAUGGUUGACCUUUUUUGUCCCUUUCUUUUCUUUUCUUUUUCGGCGUUCGUCAGAGAGAAAAUUGUCGAACCCACCCGUUGACUAGCAGUACGUUGCAGCCAUCGUCUGAGAAGAGAUCCUCGUCGUCCUUUCUAGCCCAUGAUUUGGAUUAAUUGUUUGCAGGGGCUACUUAGCGCCGGAAUACGCCAUAAGUGGGCGUUUGACCCGGAAAGCGGAUGUGUACAGCUUCGGCGUUCUUCUUCUGGAGAUAAUUAGCGGCAGGAGCAAUACGAACACCAAAUUAUCGCCCACAAGUCAACCCCACGAGGUAUGCGAGUUCCGCUUCAUGCCCGAUGAGGGUUAUUUUCAACUCUUAGCUGCCUUCAGUUUCAUGCCUUAAAGCUCCCGCAGUAGCUAGUCAUGGAUACCUGGGGAAUUUCAUGGAUCUGCUUCUCCGGGAUGCGCCAUUUAUCACCUGACAAACUUGGGUUCAACUCAUGGGUUCAAAGACAUCACAAAAACAGGGUUGACUUUGCGUCACAUUCCGUUGCUCACUGCUUAGUCCGAGCCUCAUAAAUUUCUUUAAGUGGCCAUGAGAUCGUCCUUCUCAGGUCAGGUCAACGGGCGGGGGGGCGGGGGGGGGGGUUUGCUUUGGGUGAACCAGGAUCCUUUCCAAUUAGCUUACUCUCCAUCAGCUUCAUUGACCUCAUGGAAGUCGGAUUAGUGCCAUAAAAUAACCAAGUAAACAGAGGAACCGCAGGGCAUACGCAUUUUGGGUGGAAUUGAAUUGAUGGGUCUUGAUGAUCGUCAUUAGUCCUGUUCAUGGAAUUAAUCUCGAAUAAUUUUGGAUAUUAUUUAAUCUUCAUUUAAGGGAAGAGCGGCAUGAAAUAAGGGGAAAAUAAAUGGAUUAAAUGAUGUUAUAUCUUGGCCUGUCCGUGAGACUGUAACCCUACAAAGGAACGAGGUCAACGACGUUCUCUCCUCCCUGGACCGUGGACCCUCUCUCUCUCUCUCUCUAUUUCCUACCUUCUAGUGCCAAAAUAUUUUCAUGUCUUCUUGCUACUGUUGAAGCCCAUUGAAUUCUUGGUGCAAGAAUGAAUCGGCAAGCAUAUACCAUGGGAACUUCGAAUGUCCUGAUGAGGGCUUUGACUCUGUCUUUCUGUCCUGGUCAAUAGUGGCUCUCCUCACGGUGACACUCCGCUGAUGGAAGAUUGACUGACUUUCUAAAACUGCUUGUCUUGCAGUCGGACGUUCUUCAGGGGAUUCUCGUGCUUCAGACAUGGGCACUGCACGAGAAUAACCAGCUGGUCAACGUGGUUGACCCCUCCCUAGACGGCGACUUCGACGUGGAGGAGGCCUGUAGAUUCUUGAAGGUGAGCCUCCUCUGCACUCAGGACACGCCAAAACUCCGUCCGUCGAUGUCAACGGUCGUUAGUAUGUUGACCGGGGAGGCGGAUGUCAACGGGAAGAUGAUAAUGAAGCCGGGCCUGAUCUCCGACCUGACGGAUCUCAAGGUGAGAAGUCAAAGGCGGGACGAAAAGAUCCAGUCAACGAAUACGACCCCUUCCUUCAGCUCCCCACAGUUCUCCGCGGACACCACGCAGGCGUCCUUCAACUUCACUGCGUUUUCCGAUUGA